CCGUUUGCACCGCAAUAGUUAAGCGUCGCUUUACGCUAAGCUUUCCUUAAAUUUUUAAAUCGGUUUGCACCGUUGUUUAAGCUACGCUUAUUCUCAGCUUAAUUUAAGCGUUCAAUGUUCGGAGUUUACCGGUUAAGCGUAGCUUUAAAUUACGUGAAAAAAUUUAUUUGUCAUUGUGUGACGUGAAAAUUGUGAAAACAUGGAUAUUUUUGACGACGAUGAAGAUAUGUUUGGAAAUGAUGCAGAAAUAUUAGAGAUUGUUGAUUAUGGAUUUCCUAAACGGAUAUAUCUACGGCGCAAUCAUUUUGAAGAUUUGGAUAACCUUACAUUUUUUCAACGAUUUCGUUUAACAAAGAAUACUGUUUUAAACAUUUUACCACUAAUUGAAGAAAAGCUUGAAUAUCCUACAGACAUAAAUAACAGCUUAAGCCCUAUGGACCAAUUAUUAACAUGUCUACGUUUUUAUGCUACAGGUGGACAUUUGUCAACCAUAUCAGAUUUUAUGGGGACUCAUGUUUCUACAUCAUCAAGAAUUAUUAAAAAUGUUUCAAUUGCAUUAGCUAGUCUAUCUCAUGCUUACAUAAAAAUGCCAACAGAAAAUAAUAUUCAAAAAAUACAAAGAGAUUUUUAUAAUAUUGCAUUAUUUCCAAGUAUUGUAGGAUGCAUUGAUGGCACCCACAUAAAGAUACAAUCUCCAGGAGGAGAAGAUGGUGAGAUAUUCAGAAACAGGAAAGGCUAUUUCUCUAUAAAUGUCCAAGUUGUGGGAGAUUCUGACCUUAAGGUGCAAGAUAUUGUAGCACGAUGGCCAGGAUCAACACAUGACAUGACUAUUUAUUCAAAUAGUAGAAUACGUGCUAGGCUAGAAGGUGGAGAAUUUAGAAAUGGAAUUAUUCUAGGUGAUAGUGGUUAUGGUGUAGGUAAAUAUCUGCUAACACCAUUACAAAAUCCAGAAACUGCAGCAGAAAAAUUGUACAAUAAGGCCCAUAUCACAACACGAAACUCUGUUGAACGCUUGUUUGGUGUAUGGAAAAGGCGAUUUCCCAUAUUAGCAUAUGGCAUUAGGUUAAAAUUAGCCACUGCUUACGCUGUAAUUGUAGCAUCAGCAGUACUACAUAAUAUAAGUAUUAGUAUGCAUGAAGAAGAACCCCCGGAACCUGAUAUAAAUGCAGAUGAAUUUGAAAAUCUAAUUCAAGUAGGAAAUAUACCAGAAGUAAUUAAUGGCGAUAAUAUUCAAGGAAAUGUCAGAAGAAAUGAGAUGAUAAAUUACUUUAACCGUCUAUUAUAAAAUAUCAACAUUAUUAUAUAACAUUUAUAAAAGAUUAAAUUAAUUUAGAUUUUAAAUAUUUUCUAAUUGUUUUUUUUUAAUUUCUAAAUCUAAUUUUAAUGCUUCCAUACGAAGUUUAUGCUCUUCUUUAAGGCAUUCCAUAUACUCCAACUUUUUGCAAACUAACUCUUCGUAUUUUUCAGCCAAUCUUCAAUUCGUCAGCAAUAACU